CCAAUCGCACCAGAGAGGAUAUCUGUGUAUUUUUAAAAGUCUCGGGCAGGUAGGGACGUUGUAUUCACACCGUUGCCGUUCUCAGAUUUAUAACUACAGCCGCAGAACCAAAGAGAGACAACGUGUGAGAAACACAAAAUUUUGAGGAAAGUUGUGACGUCUGGUUGAGUUUUCCCUCUUUCAAACGUCGCCCAAAAGAAGCUUUUGGAGUUGAACUGAGCAAAGACUAGCCCAGAAAGAUGACAACAGCCGCCCGUCCAACCUGGGACCCAGCGAGAGGCGGGACAGGGAAGGGGGAGGGCGACCUGAGUAAGCUGUCCAAACAGUACUCCAGCAGGGAUCUACCAGCACACACCAAACUCAAAUACAGGCAGCCAGGUCAGGACACCUCCGAGGAGGUUCGCAGCCGUGACUUCCGCCGUGAGCUCGAGGAGCGUGAGCGCCAGGCUCGCGUGGAGAAGAGGGGGGAUCGCAGAGAACCAUCUGGGUCAUCCAAGCGCCCCCGCCUUGACCAGAUCCCAGCAGCAAACUUGGAUGCAGAUGAUCCUGUAGAUGAUGAUGAUGACGAUGAUGAUGAUGAUAGUGAUGAUGAUGACACAGCAGAACUGCUGGCAGAGCUGACAAAAAUCAAGAGGGAGAGAGCACAGGAAGAAGCCAAGAAGGAACAAGAGAAGAAGGUUCAGGAUGAAAAGAUCCGUACAGAGAACAUUCUCCAUGGCAACCCCCUCAUGAACCAGGCUGCUGCCAACUUCAAGGUCAGCCGAAGAUGGGAUGAUGAUGUUGUGUUUAAGAACUGCGCCCGCGGGACAGAGGAUAACAGCGGAGGUUUCAUCAACGACACUCUCAGAUCAGACUUCCACAAAAGGUUCAUGAACAAAUAUGUUAAGUAGACAGCCCAACGGUGAACCUAUGGUGUACAGACUUUUUACUUUGUCAUGUCAUUACCAUACUGUACUAAUAAACUGUACCAAUACCUUCCACUAAAGUACAUGUACUGUAAAAUACUUGGAAACUUUCUUCUGUUGUGUGGACCAUAACUAAGGUAAUGCAUAAAAUCGCUUAAAAUCACUUAUCUUCAAAUUAUGUACAAAAUAUCAACAAAAACAUUGUAGACAAAGCUAGAAGCAGAAUAGAAAAGAAAAGAUUCUCCAUAUCUGUAUUAACGAAAUAACCCAUGUAUUUUUAACACUAGCAUUAAACUUGCAUUUUCAGUCUUUCCAUGAACAGAUAUUUGCAGCAUGUUUUCAGAAAGACUUUGCGUGUGUUCCCUCUGUUACCGGGCGGUACUUGAGUAUUUUCUUGUUUCAGUAUGUGCUUGUAUUAUUUGCCAAUCUCCAGUAAACCUAACAGAUAUUUACAUGGCCACUUUUUAGUAGUGACAUUGAAGUACAAAUGUAAUUGUGGUGAGUAAACAUAAGAUUGUGACAAGUAUAUCUUUACAAUUCUACAAAAUGUCAUGGUCAGCAUAUGUAUUACACUUACCAGUAUGUACUGAAGCUUAUUGAGGGACUCUGGAAAUAUUUUAUGUACUUGGAUUAAACUG